AUGGGAUACGAUCUCGCAUGGCUACACGACCGCCUGGUCGUCAAAAGCGUCGAUCGCGAUGGCUACCAACGCACCGUGGAUAUGUUGGAUAACGACUCCAUUCGCCCAACACCAACGAAAGAUCGAACUUGGAGUCAGCUCACAUACUUCGUCUUUUGGUGGUCUGCCACGGCCAAUGUGAGCAACCUAUACUCUGCCUCCACGGGAAUGGCUAUGGGCCUCACCAUGUGGGAGGCUAUUGCCUGCUCCUUUGGUGGCCAGUUUCUGGCCGGCUGUUUGAUGGCGUUGAAUGGACGUGCUGGUGCUAUGUAUCGCAUCCCAUUCCCGGUCUUGUGUCGCUCUAGCUGGGGUCCAUGGGGUGCGCUGUGGCCGACUUUCAAUCGCGCGGCGAUGUCAAUCGUGUGGAAUGGUGUCAACUCUGUCCAGGGAGCGCAGUGUCUAUACGUCUUUUUGCAUGCCAUCUUCCCAUCUAUCGAAAACAUUCCCGACAAGAUGGGCUCCAAGUCUGCAUUGACAUCGGCGCAGAUGAUGUGUUUCUUCGUUUAUUGGAUCAUAAACUGCGCAUUUUUAAUUGUGCCUGUACCCAAGAUGAAGUCCCUGGUCUACAUCAAGGUCUUCGUUUACUUUGCUGCCGCAUUUUCUAUGCUAGGCUGGACUGUUUCCUUAGCAGGAGGCUCCGCCAAAUUCCUCCAUGCCCCUUCGACAGUCCACGGUACAGAAAAGAGCUACCUUAUCUUCAAGUUCUUUUUCCUAGGACUGGCGAGCUGCGGCACCUUUAUUUCCAACGCCGCUGAUCUCCAGCGUUAUGCCCGCAAACCCAACGACGUCCUUAUCGGACAGAUCAUCAGCUUUCCUGUUUCCAAUCUGCUAGUAGCCGUUCUGGGAAAUGUAAUUGCAGCUGCAAGCAAGUCAAUCUUUGGAGAGUUGAUCUGGAAUCCUCUCACCUUCCUGGAUAAAUUGAUGGAGGGGGAGAGGUACACUUCUGGAAAUCGAGCUGCCUGUGCCUUUAUCUCGUUGGCAUUUGUUUACUCUACUGUUUUCUCUGCCAUUUUCGAGAACUCGAUUCCUGCUGGGAACGACAUCGCAGCUUUAAUGCCACGCUACAUCACCAUCCGACGAGGCUUCUUCAUCUGCGCUGUUCUCUCAUACGCUAUCUGCCCAUGGUACCUACUUUCAACCGCCGCCAUCUUCAUCACAUUCCUAUCGUCCUACCAAAUAUUCCUCUCUGCAAUUGCGGGAAUCCUGAUCUGCGACUACUACCUGAUUCGACGAGGCUACCUGAACAUCCCAGCGUUGUACACCGCACACCCCGAAGGUCUAUACAGAUACUUCUAUGGAUUCAAUCCGCGGGCCUUUGUCGCGUAUCUCAUCGCCGUUGCCCCCAAUUUCUAUGGAUUCCUGAACCAGAUGGGCGUCAAAGCGCCCCUGGGGAUCCAGCGAUUCUACUACAUCGCAUAUCCGACAGGUCUGUGCGUCGCAUUCGGCGUGUACUACAUGUCUUGCUUGGCUUCCUCUCCUGCCGGCAUGGAGAAGUAUGCUGGCUGGAAAGAGCCCAAGGAUUACGUGGAUGAAAAUGAUCUAAUGAGAGAAGAUGGUAUUGGGAAUGAGGUGGACACUGCAGUCAUUGAGAAAGGCGCUCUGGCUGCUUCGAAAGAAGUGUAG